AGGAAAAGAGGGCACAUAGGAGUGGAGAGAGAGAGAGAGAGAGAGAGAGAGACAGACAAGAUUUUCAGUGGUCAGGCUCUACACCGCAAUCCCGUUACCUCUAAAUGAAUCAGACUACAGCCAGCAACUUGUUGUGCGCAGCCGGAGAUUUGUUAUCUGUUUAAAUGUGUAUGGUCAUAUUUGCUCCGCUUUUUGCCAUCUUCGCUUUCGCAACAUGUGGAGGCUACACUGGACAGCUGAUGGUUAGCGUGGACUGCGUCAACAGAACGGACAGCAAUCUCAGCAUCACCGUUCGAUUCGCCUAUCCGUUCAGGCUGAAUCAGGUGACCUUUACAGUACCGACAUGUGAAGGACGACAGCAGGAGCAGCUCCACCUGAAUGGAGACUUUUCUUCCUCUGCCGAGUUCUUCGUGACUAUCGGCGUCUUCGCCUUCCUCUACUCGCUGUUCGCCACCGUGGUCUACAUCUUCUAUCAGAACAAGUACAGAGAGAACAACCGGGGCCCUUUUAUCGAUUUCAUAGUGACCGUGGUGUUCUCCUUCAUGUGGCUGGUAGGAUCAUCUGCCUGGGCCAAAGCUCUGUCAGAUGUGAAGUUGGCGACCGACCCUGGUGAAGUGCUUCUGCUCAUGUCUGCGUGCAAAGUGCAGACCAACAAGUGCGGCUCGGUCUACGGGCCUGUCUGGUCCGGCCUCAACACCUCUGUGGUGUUCGGCUACCUGAACUUUAUCCUCUGGGCCGGUAACAUCUGGUUUGUGUUCAAAGAGACCGGCUGGCAUAAAGGUGGAGCUGCACGUUACCCGACACCGGCUCCUGAGAAACAAGCUGCCGCCUUUAACCAGCAACCCUACAACCAGCCAAACUACAACCAGUGCACAUUCGGCCAAACAGGAGCAAGCUUCGGAGAGAACGGAGGAUUUGGCCAAUCAGAUUACAGUCAGGUGGGGACUUACACCUUAAGUGGACCCACAUCCUACUGACCACAUGAUAUUUUAAACUCCAAUCACAAUAUCUAAUCACAGGGGCUGGAACCAUUUUAAGACUAAAGAGUACUAAGGGAACUGUAAAGGUGGUACACAGAGAUAUAUUUAAUAAAUUUAAAAAAAUCUUUACAUAGAAAUUAUGGGUUUUGUUUGUCUUUGACACAAAAUUUUGAUUUCGUCAAUCUGAAGGUUUCAUUUAAUACUGAAGGACCCCAAUUUGUGUAGAGGUGUUGACUUCUCUAAAAUAUAUCCAAGUUUCACUUCUAUAGUAUUGUCCCUUGAGAAGAUUCUAAAAUGGUUCUGAAAUGUGAAGGACGUACUCACUUUUGUGACAUACUGUACAUUUACAGUUACAGUUACAAAUCUUUCGAUACUGCUUCUGUUUUAUUGGUCUUAAACUUUGGACAUCAUCACUGGGUUUGAGGGACAUUUAUCAGCUGUAGCGGUUGAUAUAAAGACAUGGGAUUGUAUAUAAUUGCGUGGACGAACCCGUCUUAGCCGAAGUGCAUGCAAACACGUUUCAUCGAGUCUAGCGCCACUUCUCUUGCUGUUGACCUCUAUUUCCUGUUUCCUGAUUUUUCUAUAUCACAUGCACUGUUCUCUGUCCUGAUUGCAUAUUGUUUAUUAAAAGAAUAAUUAAAAAAAGUAAGAAAUAAACUAGAUUUCUGUGCCUGCUAACAAAAUAUUUAAAAAGCAUGGCAUUUGUAUAUAUAAAAAAAGAAGAAAUAUAUUCACCAAUACUGCUUGCUCUAAUGUGGAUUUUUUUUUUAAAGCUUUUUGCCUGUAUUUUUUUUCUUUUCUUUUGUUUUUGGUAUUUUAAUCCCACAUUGUAAAUGGUACUGCAUGUGCAUUUUGAGUAAUGCUAAUAAAGACGUGUACAAAGCCUGA